AUGGCUGUCACGAUUUGCGUUUUGUUUCUGACCGUCCUGAUGGCGACGGUCUCUAACGCUGACGUUUCAUUAUUCGGCAGUGCUGGUAGCUUUGGGUUGAACCCUGUACAGGGCUUAUCGUCUGACGGUCCAUUUCGCAUGCAAGUGCCUAGUUUCCCACCACUACCCUGGCCUAACAAUAUUCAAUUUCCUAAGUUUCCGAAAUUUCCCACCUUCCCCCCAAUCAAUACUAUCAAACCAUUAACCUUUGAAAGCAUAGCAGCACAAGGAGGACAACCCGGAAAUAACUUUAAUGGUAUAGCUGUUCUUUCUCACGCGGAAACAAAGAAAUCGAAAGAUGGAGAAGUAGGCAAAACAGGUGGAGCUACCGUGGUGUUUAAUGAUAAUGGAAAAAUCACUGUGCAUCAAACUGGGGAUGCCCCACCACCCAUAUCAAUUAUUAAGGACGCUCCGGUAAGCAGCCUUUAG